AUGGAUCUGAGACACAUAGACUGUGAUGGACAGGUAGUAGCGUACCAUUCCAACGCUCUGAUCGCUGCCCCUGUAAGCUCCUGCAGCUCCUCACAUCCUGCUGCACGGCGUUCCCGCUCGCUCGGAGGGGGGGCUGACAGGGAAUUUGGCCGCUGGAAGGUGAACAGCUUGGCCCUGGAGAGACAAGAGAACAAUGGCUUUUCCUUGCCACUGGACCCCGAGUUCCUCCAGACCAUUAGGCAGUUGGGCAGAAGGCCCAGUCUCAGCUCCAUCACUGACAACAUUAUCAGGAAAUACGGAACCCACUUCCUGCUCUCUGCUACACUGGGAGGGGAAGAGUCAUUAAUGAUCUUUGUGGACAAGCGGAAGUUGAGUCGGACGUCUGAAGUGAGCGAAUCGAACAGCACAGCUGUGACUCUGGAGGCUCUGCACCAGCUGGCGGCCUCCUACUUCAUCGACCGGGAGAGCACCCUCCACAAGCUGCACCACAUCCAGAUCGCCUCCACUGCCAUCAAGAAGGAAGAGGUAAUAGACACUUCAAAACGAGUCAGAAAAGCCUCCACAAGCAGCGACGAGGGCAGCUGCAGCGGUCAUGUUGAUGGUCAAAACCAGGAGGAGGUUAGCGCCGCAACAGCUAGCCAGCUAGCUAACCGACAGCUAGCCAAGCCCGGGCAGGAGGCUGGCACCGUGGCAGCAGCGGGUCAGGUUCACCGCCAGCCGGAACAGGAGCCAGCUACCGUCAGCCAGGUGGACCACCAACAGCAACGGGUGGAUGAGUUCCAGAACUUCGUUCGAAGGCUCCCCACGUUCUAUGCCCUGAACACAUCGGCCAUCCAAUACUUCUGGAAGGCGGAGCCAACCAUCCACGAGCGCUACAAACAGCUGGAGCUCAGCACCCAGCAGCUCCUGAGCAAAGCCCAACGAAUCAUCAACAAGCUAUUCACCCUCAGCAAGAGGUGUCGCACUCAGCCCAAAAUCAUUAUGCUGAGGGAGAGGCCCUUCACCUACUGGCUGAACUACAUCCUCUCCAUCAUGUACUGCAGUGAGAACAAUCACAUCGGUUCUUACCUGGAGGACACCCGGAGCUGCUCCUGUCCCUACGAGCACCCCCCCUGCCAGGGUGUGAUCCCCUGCACGGUGGGCGAAGGCACCUCCUGCGCCUCCUGCUCCUACGAGAACCGCUCCCGCUGCGCCACCUGCAACCAGGGCUACAUGCUGAGUCAGGGCCUGUGCCGCAACGAGGUGCCCGACUCUACGGAUCACUACAUCGGCUUCGAAACAGACCUGCAGGACCUGGAGCUGCGCUACCUUCUGCAGAGACGCGACAACCGCAUCAGCAUACACGGGAUCUUUGUCAGCAACGAUGUCAGGCUGAAUAACUGGUUCGACCCGUCAUGGCGGAAGAGGAUGCUGCUGACGCUGAAAAGUAAUAAAUACAAGUCAAACCAUGUCCACAUGCUCCUGGGGAUGUCUCUACAGAUCUGCCUUACCAAGAACAGCACUCUGGACCCCUUGCUGUCUGUGUACAUCAAUCCGUUUGGGGGGAGCCACUCGGAGAGUUGGAUCAUGCCCAUUGAACAGGACAACUACCCAGACUGGGAAAGGACUAAAUUAGACCUUCCCUAUGAUUGCUACAACUGGACUUUGACUUUGGGCAACAAGUGGAAAACCUUUUUUGAGACGGUCCACUUUUACCUGCGCAGCCGGAUCAGAGGGCCCUCGAGUACCGGGAAUGGAACUGUAUAUUAUGAACCCUUGGAGUACAUGGAAUCGGGGAAAAAUCUCGGCUACAUGAAGAUAAACAGCAUCCAGGUGUAUGGCUAUAGUAUGCAUUUUGACCCAGAUGCGAUCCAGGACUUGAUUUUACAGCUUGACUACCCAUACACUCAGGGAUCGCAGGACUCCGCCCUGCUGCAGCUGCUUGAGAUCCGGGACCGGGUCAACAGGCUCUCCCCGCCCGGAGCUCAGCCUCUGGACCUUUUCUCCUGUCUGCUGCGCCACCGGCUCAAACUGUCCACCACGGACGUUGCCAGGAUCCAGGCAGCGCUGCAGACUUUCAGUGCCAAGCAGCCCAACUCGUUGGAAUACGAAACUACCAAAUUAUGUAGCUAAUAAGUGGGCGGGCGGCCAGGUGCACAGAUGGCGGAGCAGUUAUCACACAGGCAUGAUGACGGUUAAGAGCAAUCCUGGAGUCGAGGAAGGGGACAUUUGGGGGACAUUUUUGUUGUCGUCAUGGAUCUCAAGAGUGCAUUUUAGAUCCUCAUGUCAGCUUUUCGUAUAAAUUUGUACAACAUUGUAGAUUUAAGGAGCACCAAACUUGCCUCAUACUGUAGCUUUUUUUCUUUCCUCUACGGAUGAAAAUAAUAACUUUGACAGUUGAUAGUAUAAAUGUCAAUCUCUGCCAUCACUGAUAUGUUGCCAGUGUGAUGACGUUUGUAGGUUGCACAUAUUUAAAUCGCUCAUGUACGUAAACAAAAACUUUUGCUGAAGUAUUACCCAAGCAAUGUAAGCAUCUCACAGAUAUAAACAUCUCAACACAUCAGCAUGUUUUUUGUUUAUACUUUCCUCAUCACAUUUACUCCCCCCCCCAGUACAAAGAUAACCAUACAUCCUUGUUUUACUACCAUUGAACUCCCUUUUUAACCUGGAACAUGAUGGGCACCUCAUUGUUUUUAGCUUUCCAUUCAACAAUAAACUCCUUUUUUUGAAAACUGUACUACACAUUUUAGUAAGAAAAAGACAAACAACAACUCAAUAAACAAACAAAUGACGAUGUAGUAUUCCAUAUUUGCUGAUAAAAACGAGACCAUGAUCACAAUAUAUGUUUCAUGUGCUUUUAUUUUUAUAAUGCUGUUGUUUGUGAAAAAGUAAAAAAAAAAAGUAAAAAAA